ACAGAAUGAAUCUGAAGUGACCUCAGAUGACGAGACCUGCCUGACGCAGGACGAGAUCCAGUCAUUCGUAGAGAGCAACAAAUCUUUCUACCGCACACGAGACCAGUACAGACAGCACCUCAAAGAUCGCUUCACCAAAUACUGCCGCGGAGAGUGGCUGCCCACCACCAGCGUCAACUAGCACACUAACUCACCUCUUUUUCUAGAAAACACUCAUGAUCACUGCUGCAUUGUCGCUUUCUUCAGGCAAGAAUUUGGGAAAAUGAAAUGGGUGACACGAUGAGUUUCAGCGCUGUAUUUGAUGUUCAUGUUUGUUGGGUAAAUUUACACUUCGUAUUCGUAUCUAUAUAUACACACACACACACUUACACACACGUCUUCCCCUUCAGCCGUUUCCUCUCACUCUCUCAACCAAUCACAGCUGGCUUUGUUUUCCUUUCUCUGUUGAAGCGUGGAUUUAGAGAGCAGGUCGUUGUUAAAAUGAUAAUCAAGCUUGCAGGCCUUGACUGUAGGGUUAGAUGUCGGUAGUCUUAAUGUAUUGUUUGUAAAGCAUUUCUUUUUGUUUUGUUUCCCCCUCCCAAACUGUUUCUCUGACUGUGACAAUUUUAGUGGCGAGAAUCGUACCAAUAAAUGUGUACAGAAAUGAAAUCUAAAAUGAAAGCAAAUUUUACAGGAAGAUGAAAAACCUCCAUUUAUAAAGGAAGAUGGGUUGUGAUGUUGAAAGCAAUGUGCGAAAUUUACUAAAUAAAGAAUAUUUAUUAAUAUGCA